AUGGCGCGUUGGCAGCUGCUGGACUAUGUUCUCGUCCGGCGGCGAAAUCGGCAGGACGUGGUGGUGAGUAAGGCGGCCUCUGACGCUGAUGGCUGGACGGACCAUCGCCUCGUUAUCUCUAAGAUGAGGCUUCGUCUGCAGCCCUACAGAGGGCCACAAGGUAAUCCCCACGCCCUCCACACCCCAGGUAAGCUGAAUAUCGUUUUGUUGUCUUUGUCUGCCCACCGUUUGCAUUUCUGCAAUCGACUAACGCAGCAGCUGGAAGAACUGCCAUCCGUAGAUGAAAACUCCGCCAUGGAGAAUCGGCGAUGCCAACUACGGGACUUCGUUCAUUCGACCGCCCUGGCUGUCCUCGGCUGUGCUUGUUGCCAACCCCAGGACUGGUUUUACGACAACGACGCGGCCCUCAGUAACCUGCUCGCCGGGGCGAAUGGGCUGCACAGAGCAUAUCUCGACCGUCCGACAGAAGAGAACAAAGUGGCCUUCUACCAAUGUCGUCGCCUUGCGCAGCAACGGUUGCGAGAAAUACAGGACGCCUGGAUGACUCGCAAGGUCGAGGAGAUCCGGGAAUAG